UCUCGGUUUGUCCCUCGUACCAACGACUCUGCAGUGUCCAUCUUUUAAAACUCAUCCUCAACAAAGAAAAGGUGCCAUUACAAUUUGUUUGAGAUUCUUGUCUCAUCAUGAAGUUGAUUUAUUUUUGUCUUGUGGUUUUGCUGAUGCAUGGGGUGAAUGCUGAAAUCACUAGGAAGCAGCCGCAGUACUCCAAACCCAUUUAUUCCAACUCGUAUUUGCCGGCUGCAAUGCAGGUAAUCUUCUACGCCGUAGAUCAGAUAAGGAAUUUCCCGCCGGAACAGGGUGAACUGGGAUCUUCAACGACCCUUCCUACAACGAUUCCGCAUGCUCCAGGACAGCACCAGCCGACCCCAGUGUCCCCGACGCCGAUCCCAACUGUGCUCGUACUGACACAGACAGAGAAACCCCUCGAGAAGCCCCUCCAAGCGGCAAUAAUCGCAGAACCAUCUCCAAUAAUCACCCCUAGUACUCCGGUGAUCGAGCAGAAGCCGGAAUUGAGUGAGGAAACCCCAGAGGCAGUUUACGGUACCCCAGAGACCAACCACGAGACCCCAGAAGCCUCCCAAGAAAUUCAGGAGGCCAACCAAGAGGACUCAGCUACUCCGAAUCCUCAAGAAAACCCCACCUCCCCCGUUAGCGCAUCGAAAACUUCCCCGGCACCAGCUAGUUCACCUUCGGAGGAAUCGUCGGAGGGGGGUAAAGAAAAGAGCAAAGAUAAGGGCAAAGGGGAGGGGAGCAAGAGGAGAGAGCCGACUAUCGACAGCGUAGUGCAGGAAAUUUACGGAAUUGUCAAGGAGAAUAAGAGCAAGGAUUCUUCAGAGUCAAAGGAAUCCAGCGAAGGCAGGGGCAGUAAUGAUGACAGUGAAGAGAAUGAGGGAGAGGAGUAUGACGAGGAUAGAUUCACGAUGCUCGGUGAAAAGGUAGUCCAAGUGCCUCGACCAAGUCUAUUAGCCUACCUCAAACGAGCAAGGAUAACUCUCCGCUGUUCCCUCGAGCAAUUAGCUAUACUGUACGAUGCAUUGAGUAAAGAUGCAAGGAGGCAGGGCUUCGUCAAGUUCUCUGGUUAUACUGACGAGGUACUGCGUACCCUUGAGACAAGUGCAGAGGGGGGAAUUGGUCCGCAACUUCAGCGACUGUUGGAGAAAAUCGUGGAGCGUAAGGAAGUCACCAGGGAUGAUACUAAAGCAAAGAUAGCAGAGGCACUCAAGGAUCUCAAGGAGCCCGGCAGCAACUUGAAUAGUGACCUCAGACGUCUGCUUCCCCUUAAGUUCAAAAUAUGAUUCACUGGCCAUUAUUGUGGUUUAUGCAUUCCAAGUGAUCACUCAUUCUCCCCAUAUUUCGUAU